AUGGUGCCCGGUUCCAGAUCUGGUUCAGGCUUCGGCGGGUCACAGCUAGAGCUUGGUUCCAGAUCUGGUUCAGGCUUCGGCGGGUCACAGCUAGAGCUCGGUUCCAAAAUGCUGUCAGGCAAUCGGAUAAACUUAUAUGUUGUAGUGGGUGCUGCUGAUGGAGGCAAUCUGUUUAAUUUAGUUAUUAUAGUGGUCAGUUGGAAAUACAGAGCACUUUGCGUGAUUGAGGGGGGUCUGCCUUUAUGGGAUGAGACCGGUUUCUUCCUUGCGAAUUCGAAUGUCGUUGUUACUUUAGAUGAAAUAGGUCUGCAUCAGACCAUACGUAGCACAAACUUCUCAAACAUCAAACCAAAAGAGUUUGAUACCGAGGAGAAAAUCACCCUCCUCGAGAAAUCCUUUUUGGUGUCGAUCAUGCUUCCUGUGCUUCUUCUUCUGCUUCUUCAAAUCUCUGCCUCAUGGGCAGGGUCAGAUUCAGUCCAUGAUACCUUUCUCCAAUGCCUAUCAAAGCAAACCAACCAGCAAGAACAAAUCUCUAAACUAGUCUAUGCUCAAGGCAACCCUUCCUACACAUCUGUGCUACGAGCCUACAUCAGAAACGCCCGCUUCAACAACUCCUCUACCCCAAAACCCCUUGUCAUUGUAACCCCAACAAGUGAAUCCCAUGUCCAAGCCGCCGUGAUUUGCGCCAAGAACAUCGGCGUGCAACUCAAAAUCCGAAGCGGCGGCCACGACUACGAAGGCGUCUCUUACAUCUCCGAUGUGCCGUUUAUCAUGCUAGACAUGUCCAAUCUCCGAACCGUCGUUGUCAACAUUCAAGAACAAACUGCUUGGGUUUCAGCGGGUGCCACGCUCGGAGAACUUUAUUAUAGAAUCUGGGAGAAAAGCAAAGUACAUGGCUUUCCGGCUGGGAUUUGCCCCACCGUCGGCGUCGGCGGGCACCUCAGUGGUGGAGGGUAUGGUAACAUGCUGCGUAAACAUGGGCUAUCAGUGGAUCAUGUUAUCGACGCGAAGAUAGUCGAUGCUAAUGGCAAAAUUCUUGACAAGAAUUCAAUGGGAGAAGAUCUUUUUUGGGCCAUUAGAGGAGGAGGAGGAGCAAGCUUUGGGGUAGUAAUUGCAUACAAAAUCGGGUUGGUUCAGGUGCCGGAAACAGUAACAGUUUUCCGAGUUGAAAAGUACUUGGAAGAGAAGGCAACCGACAUUGUUUAUAAGUGGCAGCAUGUUGCUCCCACCACAGAUGAAAACCUUUUCAUGAGGAUGCUCGUUCAACCUGUGAGUUCCAAAGUGAAGAAGGGUGAGAAAACUAUUAGAAUCACAAUUAUGGCAAUGUUUCUUGGAAACGCCAACCAACUAAUUUCAUUACUGAACAAGGACUUUCCCGAAUUGGGUUUGAAGAAGGCAGAUGUCUUGGAAAAGGAUUGGAUGGGAUCUGUUCUUUGGUGGGGCAUUAAGGACAACAACACGACCCCCAACUGGCUGCUCGACCGCCAUCCGGACACGGCGGAUUUCACGAGGAGGAAGUCGGAUUAUGUGCAGACACCAAUUCCCAAAGAUGGGUUGGAAUGGCUGUGGAAGAGGAUGAUUGAGCUCGGGAAAACAGGAUUGGUUUUCAAUCCGUAUGGUGGAAGAAUGAGUCAAAUUCCCGCUUCUGCUACGCCAUUUCCACACCGUGCUGGAAAUCUGUUUAAGGUCCAGUACUCGGUGAAUUGGGAUGAAGCAGGAUACGAGUUAGACAAAAACUACACAACUCAGAUAAGGAAGCUUCACGGUUACAUGACUCCAUUUGUGUCGAAGAACCCAAGAAGUGCAUAUCUGAACUACAGGGAUCUUGAUAUCGGCAUCAAUCACUUUGGCAAGAAUAGCUACGCAGAAGGACAGGUUUAUGGGGCCAAGUACUUCAAUGGCAACUUUGAUAGGCUGGUGAAGGUGAAGACUGCAGUUGAUCCAGGGAAUUUCUUCAGGAGUCAGCAGAGCAUCCCUACUCUUCCAAAGAAGGCAUAGGGAAUGAAUCUGUCAUGAAGAUUGUUGUAUGUUUUUUGUUUGUAUGAAUAAGCUUCAUUUACAGAUCAACAGAUCACAUCUGCUGCAGAAUUUGCAGCAAAGAGUACCCAGAUUGCAGAGUUACUAUAUAUGCAGAUUGUUGUAUUAAUGGUCUUAAUUAUUGGCAUAAUUCUGCUGAAGUGUAUUCGGUUGUUUUGUAAACGCGGCCACCCCAUGGCAGGGGAGGCUCCACUCCCCUAAGCAGCCA